AGGCCAAAUACACGGGUGAAAACAAGAUUUUUGAGUUACGGUUGUAAUCAUGGACAAGGUGUGUUUAUUUUGAUUUAUUGGAAAAGGUGGCAGAGGACAGAGGUCAAUGUUUAGAUGUCUUGUUCAUCGCAUUUUGAGUGAGCUGCGCAAAACGGGAUUUACAUUUAGCAGAUCGUCUGCUACGACCUCGCAAUGCAAAGAAAACCUGAGCAAUAAACAACAAAUCAAAACAUUUUCUGUCUUGUCAUCUAAACGUUACCGGCGAAGAAACGGCAUGGCAACUUUUGAAACACUUAAGUUUGAUAAUUUGGCGUUGCGAUGUCUGCCAAUUGAUAGUGAGGAAGAGAAUUACGUUCGGCAGGUGCCCGGUGCCUGUUUCUCCAGGGUGAAGCCGACGCCCGUGGAAAGCCCAGUGAUGGUGGCCUAUUCAACCCCAGCAAUGGAGCUGCUUGAUUUAGGCGAGGAUCAGUUACAGAGAUCCGAGGCCGUGGACUUCUUCAGUGGAAAUGCCACAUUGAAAGGCUCAGAGACAGCAGCUCAUUGUUACUGUGGUCAUCAGUUUGGCCAUUUCUCUGGUCAGCUUGGAGAUGGAGCAGCAAUGUACCUUGGGGAGGUUAUCAACAAGAAGGGAGAGAGAUGGGAAAUCCAACUGAAGGGUGCUGGCCCCACCCCCUACUCCAGGUCAGCUGACGGCAGGAAGGUGCUGAGGAGCACCAUCAGGGAGUUUCUCUGCAGCGAGGCAAUGCACUUUCUUGGUAUUCCAACCACUCGUGCUGGCACAUGUGUUACAUCAGAGAGUACUGUUGUUCGGGACAUCUUUUACAGUGGGAAUCCAAUCAAUGAAAAGUGCACCUUGGUCUUGAGAAUCGCUCCCACAUUUCUAAGAUUUGGUUCCUUUGAAAUCUUCAAGCCCAUGGAUGGUGUGACAGGUAGAAAAGGCCCAAGUGUUGGGAGGUCAGAUAUUCUCACCCAGAUGUUGGAUUACACUGUCAAGACAUUUUAUCCUCAGAUAUGGGAAGUGCAUGGAGCAGACAAGCAAACAGCUUACUUGGAGUUCUUUAAGGAGAUAAUACAACGAACAGCCAGACUGGUGGCAGACUGGCAGUGUGUAGGAUUCUGCCACGGAGUACUGAACACGGACAACAUGAGUGCUGUAGGUGUGACUAUAGACUAUGGGCCUUAUGGCUUCAUGGAUGCCUAUGAUCCGGGCUACAUUUGUAAUGGCUCUGAUGAUGGUGGCAGAUAUGCAUAUGACCAGCAGCCAGAGAUCUGUAAGUGGAACUGCCUGAAGUUAGCAGAAGCCAUCCAUAUGGCUGUUCCAUUGAGCGUGACAACCCCUGCAUUGGACAGCUUCAUGGAAGUGUAUGAUAAACAUUACCUGGAGAAAAUGAGGAAAAAGUUUGGAUUGAUAAAGAGAGUGGAUGAUAUGGACAAGGAUCUUGUGGCUAAUUUCUUGGACACCAUGCACAAGACGUCAGCUGACUUCACUAACACAUUUCGCUGUUUGAGUGACCUCCCCCUACCAGGAUGUGAUGAACAUGAACAGAAAAAGGCUGAGGUGUUACAGUACAUUCUGUCCCAAUGUUCUACCAUAGCAGAACUGCGAAAGGCAGUGUCAAAGCCUCGCAUGGACCCAAGACAAUUUCAGAUGUUUGUGAUGAUCCUACAGUCUAACCCAGAACUGCUGAGUCAGCUAGGAGGAGCACAACGGUCAGUCCUACAGGAGCUUCAGAGGAUAGAGAAAGUCAAGGAGUUACAAGGUGUGAGUGAAGAUAAUCAACGGGAAAGUAAUGAAAAGCUGUGGAAGGAUUGGUUAUCUGUGUACUGUGACAGACUAAGGCUGGAAGGUGAGGGAGAAGACUGUGAGGCCGUGAACAGGCAGAGAGUGGAGGUGAUGGACUCUACAAACCCCAGAUUUAUACUGAGGAAUUACAUCGCUCAGAAUGCCAUAACUGCAGCUGAGAUGGGGGACUUCUCUGAAGUGAGGCGUGUGUUAUGGCUGCUGGAAAAUCCCUUCAGUAAAACAUCACCUCUGGGGGAGAGAGACGUGUCCAGUGGACAGGUGUCUGCAUCAGCUGAUGAUGACUCAGUUUCAGCCUCCGUAGCUGACGGAGAAGCCAGGGUAGGUAACUCUGCCUCAUGUGCCUUAGGAGUGAUGGAUGUGGCCUAUGACAGCAAGCCUCCUGAUUGGUCCAGAGAACUGAGGGUUACAUGAUCCUCAUAAGGCUCUUACAUUGGUCAAGUCUAUGGGUAGCACUGUAUCCUCAUAUACAGUGCAGGUGUAGAAGUGAUCUUUGUGAGAGGCGGUGAUACAGUCUCCAGGUUACAGUAUAUUUGUACACAAACUGCCAGCCCCUUCAUACAAUAUGGAACAUUAUGGUGGUUUAUUGAUAAUGUUCUUUACAGGCUCCUGUCACUCUGUAGUGAACGCCAAUUUUAAGAUACAAAAACCUUCAUUAUUCUAAAUCAAGUAGAAAACGUGAUAUUGUUUCUUAAAGAUUGCAGGAAUUAGAAGCAGUCAGUGUGAGUGGCAGGUGUCUGUCAUGAUAUAUGAAGGGGAGGGGCAUAUGUGUGAGAAUGACGGUAAUGAAAUAAAACUCCUUAAUACUGGAGGGUUUCUUAUCUGAUGAUGAACUGUAACUCUGGAGAUGCAAGACUGAUUACACUGAUGUGUACCCAGUGUGAAACUAUUUUAUUCCCAUUUAUUUAUGGUUUUAAGACUUUGAAAUGGUGGAAAAUGUUAGGCAUAUAAGUAUAUGUGCAUGUGCACUUGGCACUGGAGAGUGGAGAUACAAGUACAUGUCCAACAACUCUUCAGAGACAUUGAGGGCAUAAAAGGGGUUAGUCAGGUGUUGAACACAAGUCACUGGUCUUGCAAGCAUACCACUAAUACACAGGGACUAAAACCUGAUUCUAUCCUGAAAAACGUGAAAAUUAAAACCUGCUUAAUUUAAAUGGCCAAUCUGUCAUUGGUUCCUCUGCUUUCAUCUCCUUGAAAUAAAUUGGUUUCAAGUGUCUACACUGCUCAUGAAAAUCAACACUUGACAUCCGGGACAGGUGCAGAUAUGCAUGAUGAGGAACCCCAAAAAGUUUUACAUGCUACACUAUCAGUAUGCUAGCGUUUUGUGCACCUUGUUUGAUGCAAGAGGAAACCUGUGCUGUAGUUUUCAGGUUUUGGUGAUGAAAACAGCCAACGUGUGCUCACACAUUAGAUUCCUCCAGAAGUUUGUGAAUACAGCUUAUUACGUGGUAAUCAGCAACUUGAAACUUGGAUAAUGAUAUAAUUUUUUACCUGUGAAAAUUGUCAACCUUGCACUUAUGAUAUUUGGAAUGAUAUGCUAUUCCAGAAUAUUGUUUAGAACUUUCACAUAUUUUCACGUAUAUAUGUCGUCACUGUAGUGAGGGCAAAAAAAAAAAAAAUAGGAAGACCAGUGGAUAUUAUCACGGCCAAAUUGUCAAUAGUGUAUCAGCAGUUAAGCCCAGUAAUGACUUCAGUCUGGACAAGAUUUCCAUUACUAUUAGGAUUAGACUGGUAUUAAGAUUUAUUUGCCUUUAUAACUACACGCCUCCAUUUACAUGUAAUUUCAAAUGUCACAGCCAAACUAACAACAUGUCUGUUUAGAUUUAUUUAGCACCCAUGGUCUUCCUCAUGGAUGGGGAACUUUUUCACUCUAUGUUAACAGAUACAAUAUAUGAUAUCUACAAACUGGAGAAUUUUUACUUCAUGUCAACACAUACCUCGUUAGUCCUAUGACCGAUAUAUACAUUUAACUGACUCAUGUUGUUCGCUAUGUCAACAGACAGUGACUGUACAUCAAAAUAAUUUCGUAUUUGUAUAAAUAUAUCUAUUAGAUAUAAAAUGUGAAGUCAGAUAUGUUGUGAAGAUUUUUUAUCACAGAAGUCGAUGUACAUGUGUGGAAAUGGGACAUUAAUAUUUAUUGAUUGUUUACAUUGAUUCGUCCUUCUUGUUUGCCAUGAUAUAGACGUCUUUUAGCUGAUCCACGUUGAAGCAUGGACGUCGUGUUUACCGUAAUUGUAACACGCAUUUCCUGCUGAAUUUUUCUAAAGGUAAACUGCUGUAUUUUUUAUAUAAUGUGUGAAAGCUAUUCGCUUACUACAUGUUAUUUUUCCGCGUUUUUCCAGCCAUAAACUUCCUAUUUGGAACUGUGAACUGAAGAAUAAAACGCUGACUGGAGUAAAUGUCGGGUGUCCGUAUUUUACGGGAAACGUUUGACCAGAUGCCAAUUGCAGCGUCUUUACUGUUUUAAUAAAAUAAUAAUAUAAAUCUGA